UAAUAGAGAGAUUCAAAAUUAAAAAUUCAUAUAUAAUAAAAGACGCAAAGAGAAAUUAAUCUUAAACUACAAGUUACUCAAUAGUGAAACCAGUAGUACUGGAUUUUACUCAUUCAAGUUUCUAUGAUAUUGUUCCUUUGAGAUGUUUUGUCCUUUAAAUAUAUUAGCUCUAUGGACUGUGGUUUUUUUUUUUAAUGUAUUAUUUCCUAUCCUUUUUACAAUAUUUUUAGCAAUUGAUGUUUUAUUGCAAGUGUGACUGUUCUUAUUUUAUUAAAUUGUUGCUGGCCAUGUAUUCCUGGUCUCCCUUUUACCGUGCUUUUUCUCAAUAUAAGUUUUUUGUUUUAGGGGAGAAACAGCCACUGCCAUGGGAGAUGCGUGUGAGAGUUGCAUACUACAUUGCACAAGCACUUGAUCAUUGCAACACGGAAAACCAAAAAAUAUAUCAUGACUUGAAUGCAUACAGAGUCCUCUUUGACGAGGAUGGUGACCCACGGUUAUCUAGUUUUGGCCUUAUGAAGAAUAGUCGAGAUGGUAAAAGAUAUAGCACUAACCUGGCUUAUACUCCACCUGAGUUUCUGAGGACAGGUAGGGUCAUCCCGGAGAGUGUAAUAUACAGUUAUGGAACUGUUCUGCUAGACCUUCUGAGCGAAAAGCAUAUCCCUCCAAGCCAUGUAGGAUACAUUCUUUAUUUCAAUUUUGAAGUAGUUUUCUGAUUGCUGAUUAUUUGACAUGACCCUAUAAUUAGGUAUAGGUACUUCCUAAACGAGACUUUUUGGUAAGUCCUCAUUAAACAAGAUAUAUAUAUAUAUAUAUAUAUACAUUUUUUUUUUUUCUGGCUGAAACAUUAAACAAGACUUUUGGGUUGAAAGUUCUUCCUACAUAUAUAUAUAUAUAUAUAUAUAUAUAUAUAUAUGUUUUUAAACAUUGGGGUAGACGACUAAUUUGUGAUAUGUUCUCUCAAUUAUACUGUUUCGAGGUAGGACAGAGGCUAAGACUGAAACUGUAGACAUUAUAAUCUGCUUAAAAGAUAAGAUGUGUGACCACAUUGGAACAAAUUGAUUGGACUACGAAAUUUUAUGUAUGGACAAUUUCAUUUCUCACAUUAUCAUUAGCUCAGAAUAUUGAUCAAUGAUGGGUUUCUGAUGAGUGCUAGUAAAUAAUGAUUAUAUAUCCAUAAUAUAAAUUGUAACAUAGUUUAAUAGCAAAAUUACUAUUUUAAACAAUAAAAAUAUGUAGUAUACAAUAACUAAUAACAAUAACAAAUUAAUGAUAAUAUAUUAAUGUCUUAAAAAGCUGUAUCAUAUAGCUGUGGAAAAUUUGAAAUGAAUAAGAAAAACAAAAUGUAUGAGCAACAUAAAGCAAGUGGAGAAUUAAGAAAUUUCUAAACUUUCUGUUAAAAAACUACAUAAAAGAAUUAUUUAAUAAAAUGGAAUGAUGCAAUGUACACUCCUAAAAGUACGUGUAAUAAUGCAGCUUCCUUCCAUUUUCAUUGAAUGACUAUAAUAAUGCAGCGUCCUUCCAUUUUCAUUGAAUGAUUACAACAAUGCAAUACAUAUAUACAUAUAUACAUUUAUAUAUAUAUUGGUAACAGUGAUUGCAUUAAAGCACAAAAAGGACUAU